AUGUUCAUUUUAACAACCCUCUCACUCUUCUUCUGCGUGCUCGCUACCGGAACCCACGCCGCGACAACUCUAGCUCGAUGCAACGCAGACAAGUACUCCGUGCCCUCACUGCCGUUCAACAUCUGCAUUUCCGCCGCGUCUGCUUUCUGCGCAACCAUCACGGCCGGCGGCACAACGGCGACAAACUUUCCCACCCGUGCAACCUCCGCCUGCGGCACCUCCGCCUCGUUGUACAUCUCCGCCUGCGCCUGCGGCCCCACGUGCUCAGCAAUACCCACGCCCACGCCCACGCCCACCCCGUGCGCAGCGUCCGGCAGCAGCCUCGUCGCCAACGGCGAUUUCGAAUGCGGCAUCGCACCUUGGAUCGUCCAAAAUCUGGACCAAUUCGCCCGUGCCGGCGUCACCUCUAAAUUCGCGCACACCGGCCAGCACUCUUUUGAGUCGAGACUGCUGUAUGACCGGUCUUUGCAGAACCCUGCUGUCAGCGUGAGGCUGUCCAGUCCCGUAAUUUCCGUGCAGCCGAAUGUACCGUAUAGGCUGACCUUCUGGUCCUACUUUGAUAAUCACGCGGCAGGGUUUAUCGGGAUCCAGUUCAACGGAGAACCCAAGAGGACCCUUGAUGCUGGCGAUGGGGCAGGCUGGGGCGUCUGGAAGUCGUUUUCAGUGGACUACACGCCCCUCACGGAUAAGCUCGAUUUCACACUAGAGUUCUUGUAUGGGAGAGUUGCGAGCGUCGUUCGUGUUGAUGGGAUUGUCUUUGAUUACAUCCACUAG